AUGCGCCAUCUCAAGCGUCUAGCGCUAUUUGCUUCCUUCACAGUCGUGGCGGCCGCCACAGACUAUCAGCCAGGAAGCGGUGAUCGUAUGAUUUGGGAAAAUGACUGCAGCUAUCAUGGAAACACCUACCGCCUAACGUUUGGGAACCCAUCCACGUGUGCAACUUUAUGUGUGGACGACUUGCAGUGCACACAUUGGACAUGGAAAAAGAAACAUGGCGGUACUUGCUGGCUCAAAAAUGGCAAUGAUUUAGAUAAAAUUACUAAGCAAGACGCAAAAUGCGGCUUCAUAGUGUUUCGGGACACAGAUAUGGAAGGCCAAUUUCAAGCACCAGCCCAAAUUUCUAAAGUUCAUUCCAGCAACGGCCUUACCACCGCUGAGAUGAAGGAGAUGCUUGUCCGAAUUAACACUUACCGAGCCCGAAAUGGCCUAUGCGCGCUCGCCAUUAGCAAGCGAUUAGAAGCAGCAGCAUUUCUUCACUCGAAAGAUCAGGCUAACCAUUGCACAAUGACGCACACUGGCUCGAAUGGAUCGCACUUAAGCGAUCGUAUUAAAAACCAGGGCUACUACUAUUCAACGGUGGCGGAGAAUGUAGCUGCUGGGCAAACUUCUGUAGAAUCUGUAAUGACCUCAUGGUGGAAUUCGCCAGGUCACCGUGCCAAUUUGCUAAACAAGAACGUGACGAAUGUCGGUUUUUCCAAAGUAGUGAACAACAAUUGUCACAACUACGCAACGUACUGGACACAGGACUUUGGCGUCCUCAUGCAAGCGGCUGCAGAGGAUUUUGAGGAGUAG